AUGACCGCCACAAUUCACCAGGCGCUCUGUCGAACAUGGUGGUGGGACACGAUGGAAGAGCAUCAGAUCACUUUUCAUGAAGACGGGACGGGAGAGAUAGUGUCGAAAGCUGACUUUCGUAUUUGGAUUUCUGCAUCCAUAGAAUGGAGCUACGUGAACCCCUCACAAGCAGAGGAGAAGGUCCAGCAAGCAGCGCUGGUCGAGCCUGCACCACGCGCCUUUCUCUCACCAGCAGCACCAAGCGAAACAAUCGUCGUCGCCGAGAUCCCCAUCGAAUUCAGGAUCACAAAGGCGCACAUACCCCGCCUCCUCGAAGUGACGAGAGAGCUCUCGACGAUGAUGAACGACGGCGUGCUUUUUGACAGUGCGUUUCAGAAACGCACCUUGACUCUGACGCUCAAAACGGGAGAGUUCAUCACCCAAUGGCACGAAGAACGAUACACCGAUGCGCCAAAGGCACAUAAGGACAAGUACCGACUGACCCUAUUGUUUUCGGAGUCGCCAUACCCUGGGCCUGAUGAGUGGAAGUACGAGGUCACGAGGGCGCCUAAGCAGGUCCGGCAGUGGGAGAUGACUAGGUUCUGUGCCAUUCACAUUGCAUCGAAUCGCUCGUCCGUAUGCAUUAUUACAUAG